AUGUCCAGGGUUUUGCUUAGAUGCCAAGCUGACUCAUCCACUGCUCUCGAGUUUUUCAACUGGGUAAAGAACGACCUCGAUCAAAAACCAAGCACUCAAAACUACUGUAUCAUUAUACAUAUUUUAGCAUGGUCUAAGAAUUUUAAGCAAGCAAUGGAAGUGUUGUUGGAAUUGGUAGAGUUGAAAAGAAAUAUGAAUUCUUCAGAAAGAUUGACGGUGUUUAAGAUCUUGCUUAAUUGUACUGAUGAGUGUAAUUGGGACCCUGUUGUAUUUGACAUGCUUAUCAAGGCUUAUCUCAAAAAGGGUAUGGUUCAAGAAAGUUUUCGAGCUUUUAGAAAAAUGGUGAAGCUAGGAUUUGUUCCAAGCACUAUUACGAUUAACUGUUUGUUGAAUGGGAUUUCGAGGAUGAAUUGUGGUGAAAAGUGCUGGGAAAUUUAUGAGGAAAUGGUAAGAAUCGGGGCUCAUCCCAACUCAUGUACCUUUAACAUAUUGACUCAUGUUUUGUGCAAGGAGGGAGAUGUGAAUAAGGUGAAUGAGUUUUUGGAGAGAAUGGAGGAAGAAGGAUUUGAUCCCGACGUUGUGACCUAUAAUAUGCUUAUUGAUAGCUAUUGCAAGAGAGGGAGAUUGAAGGAUGCUGUUUAUAUGUAUAAUAUCAUGUAUUUAAGGGGUGUGAUGCCAGAUUUGAUCACACACACGACCUUGAUAAAUGGCCUUUGUAAGGGAGGUAAUGCAAGAGAGGCUCAUAGGUUGUUGCAUCAAAUGAUUCAUAGAGGGCUAAAGCCAGACGUUUUCUCAUACAAUACUCUUAUAUGUGGAUACUGCAAGGAGGGAAUGAUGCAGGAGGCAAGGUCUUUGGUGCUUGACAUGAUUGACUGUGGGGUUACCCCCGAUAGUUUCACUUGUUGGAUACUUGUAAAAGGAUAUCAUGGUCAGGAUAGGUUGAUUUCUGCGAUGAAUUUGGUGGUGGAGCUCUUGCGGUUAAGUGUUUCCAUUUCUAGAUAUAUAUUUGAUUAUUUGAUCUUUGCUUUGUGCAAGGAGAAUCGACCAUUUGCAGCAAAAUCAUUUUUGGAAAGAAUAUCUCGAGAUGGCUAUGAGCCUAAUGCGGACAUCUACAAUGAGUUGAUUGAUUCUCUUUGCAAAAGUAGUAGUUUCGUGGAGGAGGCACAAAAAUUGAAAGUUCAGAUGGUAGCUAAGGAUAUGAAGCCUAAUUUAUGUGCAUAUAGAGCUAUUAUUAGAAGUUUGUGUGGAUUAAGCAGAAGCAAGGAGGCUGAAUCCUUGAUGCGAGAAAUGGUUGAAUCUGGCUUCCAACCUGAUAUUGAAAUUUGCAGAGCUUUGAUGAAUGGGCACUGCAAGGAGAAAAAUUUCCAUGAUGCUGAAUCAUUGUUGGCCUCCCUUUCCAAGGAAUUUCAGAUCUUUGAUGCAGAAUGUUACAAUGCACUUGUUAGGUUGCUCUCUGAGGAAACUAGCACUACUGCGUUGAUGGAAUUUCAAGAUAGGAUGAUGAAACACUUUUACAACGGCAUUGGUGGCGGUGGAGAUAACAAUGAUGGGAGUGAUAACAAGAUGAACAACAAAGACAAGGCCUUUAUGGCAUUGGCUGAGGCCAGUAUGAGUCUUAAGAGUUUGCCAAAGUUUGGUGAGUUCAAAGAGAGAUUACUGGCUGAUGAUCUCUUCUUGGCUAAAGUUUUCAUUGAAUGUGGAGUUGGACUCUUCACCAAGGUGGCUGGUGCUGUACGAAACAGAUCUAUCGAAAUGGUGAAGGCUCUUUACAUGAUGAACAGGGCUGGAGAUGCGGGGAAGAAGUUGAUGAGCAAGAUUAAGAAAGAUUCACAUUCUGGAGCUGGCAUAAGAUGGACCUCAAAAACCCAAAUAAAAUUCCAAUUGACCGAAAAAAAACUGUCUAAUUGCCUAUUGAAUCCUCGUGUUCGGAGAUGGUGUGCAUACGAUUGGUUUUAUAGUGCAAUUGAUUAUCCUUGGUUUGCAAAACAGGAGUUUGCUGAGCAUUUGUAUCAUGUAGAAUGUAGGUCAUGUUCCAAGAUUAACUUGUGUGGAAGUGUCAUAAGAAUCUCUCUUGGUAAACCACGACAAUUUUCUGAGCAUUUCCUGAAAGAAGAGAAGGAGAAGCUUAAUCAAUAUCGGAUUCCCUUAGAAAACAUUGCACUGAGCUCUGUGAAGGUAUCAGGGAAGGACUACCAACAGAUCUUGCAUGACCCUUAUCAGUUGGAAAGCGAGUCAUUCAUCCAAAAACAAAGGAGAUCCAUGAUGGCAGUGUGCUAA